AUGGCCGACGAUGGCAUGCUAAUGAAUUUUGAGAUUGGGGAUGCCCCGCUCCUUGCGAAACCACCAUUUCAGGGCGGGCGCUGGAAAGACCGAUUAGCUGCGAAGAGGGAAGCUCGUCGAGGACUUCCAGACGACUCAACAGCGCGGCCUCAUGCACGGGAAAUCUUCACUGAGCGGCGACACGAUGUUCAAGUCGAAGAUUACAUUGGCCCUGGAUCCUCCCCGCGAGCCCCAAAACGACAGCGACUCGAUGAUAAUGCUGGAAGCAAUGGUGGAAGAAAUACUGCAGCUAUAGUGUCUGGAAAGCUUCCUCCUGGAAGUAUAAAAAUUGGUGGAACUAGGAGCACAGUUUUUCAUGACGAUACAAGGCCUGCUUUUGUAUCAGGAAAAUUGCCGCCCGGCAGCAUAAAGUUUGGGUCCAGCUCAGAAAACCAGGGCAGGAAUUCUUCUACAGCCGCGGUUGUAUCUGGAAAGCUCCCACCUGGUAGCAUCAACGCCGGCAGAAGCAAAGAUGGAGCUGUCGGCAAACCUGGCCAAGUUAUUUCGUCACUUUUCACAUUCAACCCCUCGUCAAAAACUACAUUCGAGGAGCCCGAAGAAGCGGUGGAACCAGCAAAACCCUCAAAUGCCCCUCUUACUGAAGAAAUGGCUACUUUCACGUCUAUGGGCCUUUCCGUGCGGUUAGCCGCACACUUGUCGACAAAAUUGGAGAUGAAGGCGCCAACUGCAAUUCAGAAGGCAGCUGUUACUCAAAUGAUAAAGGAUGACAGCGAUGUUUUCAUACAAGCGGAGACUGGGUCUGGGAAAACAUUGGCAUAUCUGCUUCCGAUUGUGGACCGGAUAUUGGCUAUGAGUAGCAAGGAUGCGCAGGUGCAUAGAGAUUCCGGUCUAUUUGCAAUAGUUCUUGCCCCCACGCGAGAGUUAUGCAAGCAGAUUGCUGGUGUACUCGAAAAGCUAUUAAGAUGUGCACCGUGGAUUGUUAGCACAACGGUGAUUGGAGGGGAGAGCAAGCAGUCUGAGAAGGCUAGGCUGCGGAAGGGUGUGAACAUUUUAGUUGCGACACCUGGAAGACUCGCGGAUCAUUUGGAAAACACGGAAGUCUUGAUAGUCAACAAAGUCCGAUGGCUUAUUUUAGAUGAGGGAGAUCGGUUGAUGGAACUAGGUUUCGAAGACGAAAUCAAGGGUAUUGUGGAAAGAAUUGGUCGCAGGACUCUGGAUAAGCGUGACGCCAAUGGACUCGACCUCACAUCAUUACCUACUCGGCGAGUCACAGCUCUCUGCUCGGCCACCAUGAAGAUGAACGUUCAGCGAUUAGGCGAAAUCAGUUUGAAGGAUGCCGUCCACGUUAAAGCUGACCCCACCGAGGAGGAUAUUGCAAAGCAAUCGAACUCUGAGAAUGAAUCCGAUAACAAGGCAUUUGCAGCGCCAGCACAACUUAAGCAAGCAUAUGCUGUUGUCCCUGCUAAGUUGCGGCUAGUAACUCUCACUGCGAACUUGAAGCGUGCGUUUGCUCGACGAGGAUCCAUUAUGAAAGCGAUCGUUUUCAUUUCCUGUGCCGAUUCAGUUGAUUUCCACUUCUCGCUUUUCAGUCGGCCAUUUGAUCCUGUGGAAGAAGGAGAAUCUCCGCCCGAUACACCCGAAAUCGUAAAGUCGGAAUUGACAAAGGAUACAAUUGCUCAUGGUACCGCAUUCUCCGGCAAAACAAACCCGGUCAUCCUCCAUAAAUUACACGGAUCGCUGGCCCAGAAUAUUCGGACUGCAACGCUCAAACACUUCUCCCAGUCCACCGAGCCAUGCGUCAUGGUCUGCACCGAUGUCGCAUCUCGCGGUCUUGAUCUACCAAAUGUUGACUAUAUCGUCGAAUAUGACCCUCCAUUUAGUGCUGAUGACCACUUGCAUCGUGUCGGGAGAACUGCGAGAGCUGGAAAAGAAGGCCGAGCAUUGAUCUUCCUCAUGCCUGGCAACGAGGAAGAAUAUGUUUCCAUCCUAGCAUCCGGUUAUAAGUUUGGCAAAAAGUCUCUGACUCCCCAUACCGCCGAAGAGUUAAUACGUAAGGGCUUUGGGGGCACCGGAAGAGAAUGGGAAGAACGUGCUACAGAGUGGCAGCUCGAAGUGGAGCGAUGGACUUUGGAAUCUCCAAAAUAUCUUGAGAUGGCACGGCGUGGAUAUCAAAGCCAUAUUAGAGCAUAUGCUACCCAUGUAGCGAAUGAGAGGCAUAUCUUCGACAUGCAAACUCUACACUUGGGACAUUUGGCAAAGGCAUUUGCUCUGAGAGACAAACCUGGAAGUAUCAAGGUGCCUGGAUUGAGGCCAGCAAAGAUGACGAAGGCAGAUAGAAGUGUUGCGGCCAGGAAGGCAAAGAGAGGGGAGACUGGGGAAGAAAAGGCACCGGAAGGAGAGAGGGCCAGGAAGCAAAAGAAGCUCGAGUUAGACUUGCCAGCUGUGGAUAGCAACGAGGUUGCGAAGAGGAUGAGGAGGAAGAUGCAGGAGCAUAUGGCCGCUGCGAAUGAGUUUAAUAUCGGAUGA